AUCAUGGAAUCAGAGAGAAAGACUCAAGCUCCCGAGCAGAUAACUGACAGGGAUCUGUCGGAACAAAUAAAAAAAGUCACGAAGGAAAAUCAUGUCAGAGCAGAAAACACUGAACUGAUGCUGAGCUUCCAGCGGGGAAAAGUCACACUUCCACAAUAUAAGCUCCUUCUGUGCUCCCUCUAUGAGAUCUACCUGGCUUUGGAGGAAGAGUUGGACAGGAACUCCAACCACCCUAGUGUGGCACCCAUUUACUUCCCAACUGAACUGGCCAGGUUGGAGUCUAUCGAAAAAGACCUGGAAUACUUUUACGGGCCAGACUGGAAAGAAAAAGUCGCUGUUCCUGCCGCUACUAAAAGAUAUUGCCACAGACUUCGACAGAUUGGUAAAGAGAACCCCGAAUACCUGGUUGCCCAUGCUUACACCCGUUACCUUGGAGACCUGUCCGGGGGGCAGGUUCUGAGUCGGAUCGCCCAAAAGUCCAUGGGGCUGAAAGGGGGGGAGGGUCUGUCCUUCUUCGCCUUCCCUGGGGUUUCCAGCCCCAACCUGUUCAAGCAGCUCUAUCGCAGCAGAAUGAACAGCGUGGAGCUGACAGAAGAGGAGAGGAACGGAGUGCUGGAGGAAGCCGUCAGGGCCUUCGAGUUAAACAUUCAGGUCUUUGAUGACUUACAGAAAAUGCUGAAUGUGACUGAAAAUGAGCAGCAGGAUCGUUUAACACACUCCAAACCUAUAACUGCCAAAACACUCCAGAUCCCAACUAUGGUCAACAGCUUCUCUCCGAUCAGGAUGGUGCUGGGACUCUUUUUAGCUCUGGCAACCGUCAGUGUGGGAAUCUAUGCUUUAUAG